UGAGAAUUUUUCACUUUUCUCGACUCAAACGAAAGCUGGAAGAUCAUAUUUUACGACAGAUCUAUUUAAAAUUGUACAAGAAUUCGAGUUCAUAUUGAAAAACAGAUAAAUCCCGAAUGAAUUUUAUAUUGAAUUUCAUUCACAAAAGUUCGUAAGGUAGUAGAUCUACAGUGGUACUUCGUCUAUGCUCACGGAUGCUUACGGAUCUUACUGUUUGAGGCGCUUCUGAUGUUUCUAAUAAAAUCAACUUAAAAAUAAGUUCACCGUAAUGUCAAUUAGAAUAUGAGUUACAUGAGAAUCGAUCAGAAUUAAUAAUUAGUAAGAAAUAUAUUCGUGGGAAAGCAGGACUAUCGAAAGAAAAUUGAAUUGUAAAAGUGGGACAGUUUAGCGAUUUCCGUUACAUCGAGCGGGGAAAGUGGGGAUUAAAUGCAAAGUGCCUGUAGUCGGUUACAAAAUGUCAUGGUCCUGCGUGCAGUGCAACCUAUUUUGAAGGGUGCUAUACAAUGGGCGUUGCUACGUCCGCGAAAGGCUAGGAAUAUCCAUCAUGUUACCCGUUGUCCUGCGACCCAACUUCGUCUAUGUCGAAUUCAGCUUCUCCCGUGGCUUCACCUCCUAGCGAAUUUUUAUACACAUGGUCUGUGGCGUCUUGUCUGCGUAAGGGCGACCGAUUAAACAAACAAAUAGGAAGGAGAAGAUGAGGGGUGUCAGGAAAAAGAAGAAACAAAACAGUUGAAACACCACGCGGUGAUCCUAGUCGUUUGACGCGCGCUGCGAUCCUACCCUACCAGGGGAACAGCUUCGAGAUAUGCCGCUACCUGGACGGGGCGAAUCGUCAACAAUACGCUGAUCUGACAUAACCGCAAAACCCUGUGCUCGUGUUGCAUUUCGACGCUACGAUCCCAUUUGUGCCGAAUGUGCAAGAUAAAAUACUCGACGACACGACAGAUGUACAGAUACUUCCAGAGUUUUUCACCGCACGUAAGUUCCAGGCUGAACAGCAUAUGAUGAAAGGGUUUUGUUAGUAUGCUGGAUAAGCGGCGGCUUCAUGCCUCCGCUUCGUCGCCAUGGACCCUGAUCUUUGUGGUCGCUUUGGCUCUGACUGGAUGCUUCUCGUUCUGGCUGCACAUCGACGGCUCCGGCUCCUUCACGCCUUACACCAGCGGUGUAACAGCGCCGGGCUAUCUGCUGCUGUUUCCUGGGAAUGUGACUCCUUCACCGCAACCGUAUUUGCUGAGCGAACUUUCGUUCGGUGACAAAUCCACGCUGAUCGACAUCAAAGAUUUCAGGUUCACGAUCAACCACGAUCCAUGCAAUCGCACGCAUCCGUUACUGUUGAUGCUUGUCCACUCGGCGCCUGAGAACUUCCUCAAAAGGAAUGUCGUCCGCGAAACAUGGGGUCAACAGUCGACGGACGUAGCGCUCCUAUUCCUGGUCGGCUCCUCUAGUGAGUACCAGACCAGGCUGGAGCAGGAGAAUAGGAAAUAUAAAGAUUUGAUACAAGGCAGCUUUCUCGAUGCCUACAGAAACAUGACUUACAAACAUGUGAUGGCGUUGAAGUGGGUUACGUAUCAUUGUCCAAGUGCCAAAUAUAUACUAAAAUUAGACGACGAUGUUUUUGUUCAUAUGCCCGCCAUGUUGGAUUUCUUGACGCGCGACCUAUCACCUUGGGGUGCUAGGCGAUUGAUCCUUUGCGACCUCCUCUCCAUGGGCACCGUGAAGAGAUCCUGGCGUUCGAAAUGGAGAGUCUCGCCCCAGGAAUAUCCUGGAAGACAUUAUCCUGUGUACUGUGCUGGAUGGGCUAUAUUAUACUCCCCUGAUAGCGUGUUUCUUUUAUAUCGCGAAGCCCAAAGGGAGCCGUACUUCUGGAUUGAUGAUGUCCACGUAACUGGGACUUUAGCUAGGAAAGUAAAUUUAACUCAAACUUCUCUGCAUUAUCUGGUUCUAACCCCCGAGAACAUGCAGGAUCUUCUGACCAAUCCGGGUUCUCAUAGGGAAUUUUUAUUCGGACCACCUAACUUAAAUGAAAACGAAAUAAGAGCCUUACAGAGUCUGGUCACUAAACCACGGCCUAGCAGUGAAAGCCUAUUAACCAGUUAAGUGUGUUUGACGACUAUAUCCAUCAUGUGGCAGAAUUUUGUGUCGAUUUGAUAUUUAAAUUAUA